AUGAUAGACGAUGAUUCAAAGCAUCCAACCAUACCCCAACUGUUACCUCGUCAGCCUGACAAAGACACGUACCCUAUGUUUCUAAGCGUUGAUUUGGAGGACAUAUCACCUCUACGAGAAAACAGCAGCAAUACAAGACCAGCAAGCAAAUUCGUUGAUCUGAAACCGCCAGCAGAGACCAAGUUGCAACACAACAACCCUGAGCUAUACCAGAAAAGGGUGUUGUCCGACAAAGCUUGUAAUAGUGUACCCUUGUCGCCGCAUCCUUCUUUGUCUCAGUCGGACGCCAAUACGGAGAGUUUCAAGAGUCCUUUGUCGACUGAUACAUCAUCGGAUGGAAGUGAUGAUGGCACCAUUACUCCUCCCGAAGCGAGACCCAGAUCAGUGGUAGUUUCUUCCAAACGCGUUGGCAACGCUGUCCGACGAGAACACUCAAAACGGCGGCGGCCAUCACCACGAGUCAACAAAAAUGGUGGUGGUGUUAAUUUGUGGGGUGACAAUUCCCCACAGGCGUCGACAGACACGGAAGAUGAAGAUUUCGAACUUUUGUUGUCCAACAACAGUCCGAAUGUCGAUACAACGAAACAAUACUGGGAGUGGUGCUACGGCAAAGACAAUGCAACGGCAGUCAGCCCUGGCCAAAGCUGGUCCGCGAAACGAGUCGCCCCCGCAAAAGGAUGCCUUUCUCGCGCAAUUGAAUCGUCUUCAACUCCCACAGCGAAAUUCAAAACUCCACCUGCUUUUCCUCAGAAGCAACCCAGACGCAACGGAACGAAAAAGAAUGUGCAGUUUGGAUUUCCACAAGCUGUGGAAUAUGAAAUAGAUGAACCAUCCCGAUGCUUGUCUGUUUUGCCCCUGGAUGUCGCAAUAGCUCGAUACCCAAUGGGACCAAAAGAAGACACUCCUGUGGAAGAAGAAAUGACGCAAGAAACGAAAAAGAACUCGGCACUAUUGGCAGAAUGGGAAGACGAUUUUGAUGAACCGAGACCGAGAUCGAGGAGAAAUCAAAAGAAUCGACGAACUAGUUCCCUAUUCAAACCUACACCCAUUAAAACCAACGGCGACGACAUGCGACCAGAUCUCGAUGAAGUAAUUACUCCAUCGCCUUCUGCGGAAGUUUCAGCGACUCUUGCAUCCUUGAGCAUGACGUCUCCGAAAGUUGCAUCGGAGGAUGAUGUGUAUCAUGAAAAUGAUGAAACGCUGGCUUCCUCGUCGGCUAGUGGCAAGAAACCAAUCCCUCCUCAAUCCAAAGAAACUAUCGAAGAAAACGAUUCGGUUGGACCAAAAACCGACAGCAGCAGCUCCUCGAUGGAUAUCACACCUACGCAAAGAGCUUUGUCGCAAGAUACACAAUCUAAUCAUGCAGACACAACACCACCGCCAUCUAGUCUAGGGCUCGAGACGAUUCAUUCAGUCGGCGGGGCCCUGGAUGUUGAUUCUCCAGGGUCUGGUAAGCAAGCCGCUUCUCACAGCCCACUCCCAACAAUGAUGGACCUUGGUUCCAGUAGCGACAACACAGAACUCGAAAAAGAAGCUGAACGAAAUGAAACCAUUGAUAUUACAAGAAUCUUGUUUAGAAAUCCUGCUGAGGACCAAGCGUGGACUUCGGCUGAUCUGUUGCAAAAUAUGGCCAUUGAAGACGAGCGCCAGCUUGAAUCGAUGCUCCUUUCCAUUGAUCCGAAUCAAAAGCAUGUCGUAUCCACUAUCGAUACGCUAGUCGUCAAGGCAAAUGAACUAGCAGAAAAAAUGCCGAAAAGGAAGGGCAACUCAGAGAAAGAAGCUCAUAGAAUCGUGCACAACGAAUGGAUUAGGCUAGAGACAGCAUUCGUGAUGCAACUGAAUCGAGGUCUCGAGACAACACUAAACGACAUGGCUUCUUUGUCUGAAAAGGUACAAAAUCUGCAAGACAUACAGUGCCCCGAAACAACAAAGCGCGCGAAACGACGAUCACGUGCAAAAUCAUGUAGCAGGGAAAUCGAGGAGCUCGAAAGACAAGUCGUCAGAGAGAAGCAACGUCUUAAUUCUCUGGAAGCAUGUUUGGCACCUCAUGCUGCGAUUAGUUGUCAAGGCACCCUUGCAGUCAUGGGUUUUCUUUUUGAUGAUUUCAACGGAGAAAUAUUACAGUUGUCAUUUGAACACGUUGUGACAGGAACGGAGAGUAUCGUCAUCUUUGAUCUGAGGGAGGGAUCUUUGACAGUUCAAAGAGCUACAGGGGUGGAAACAAAGCAACAAUCGAUACCCUCUGAUCAUGUGGCUGCAAAGUUGCAUCAUCACAUGCUGAAUGUGGUAGCAAAUGGAGGCCCUACUAGAUUUGAUUCUUCCAAUCUAGCUGAGUUGCAAGAUGCUAUUGCCUCUGUUUCAAAGCAGCUAGGGGAGAUUGAUUCGAUGGUUGCUGGGUUGCACUUUGUUGCCAAAGAUAGUAGCAUUCUUGUCAACGCUGAAAUGCCAAGCCUCGAGAUAGAGCUGCCGAAUGGAGAUUGUAUUGUAUUACAGUUUGGAACGGGACCUGCACUUGUACCUGAAGUCUUUACCCUAUUCCCUGGAGAUGGAGGGACUGCAACUCGGAACAGAAUGCCAGAUGAUGUAACGUCGCACAAUCUGUUUCAAAAGCUUUUGGAGCUGUGUAAAAGGUAG